AUGCUGAACCUGAGACGUGCUCGAGUACCGCAGCACCAAUCGCAGCGAUUGAUCUGGAGCCGCGCCUCCGAUUUCGUCGCGUGGUUGGGUCUGGUUGCUAAGCGUGUACUGAGGCCUCACCCUCCCGCAGACAUCUCUUUGCCAGCAUUUAAACGUUCGCUAGACCCAAGAGAGCGAAAAGCUGCAGCCCACGCGCUCGGCCGUUUCUCACUAGAAAUCAAGCAUGUGCCGUCGUCUACGCAACUGCUGGACACUUGGCAGGUCAUUUCGCAGUGUCGACCCUUUGUGGUGGACAAGGAAAAACCGCUUCAAGUGCGCCUGGCGACUACGGAGGACGUGGGCGACGACCGGACUUGGCUUUUGCAGAUUGUGCCUGCCGACAUCUUUGCGCAGCUUUCGGUCGACAUCUCUACACGCGCGAUGUUUGUGGGCUCCACGGGUCCCGAUCAAGACGUGGAUGUUGUGGUGGCCAAUGAGGCACUGAUGGUCGGUAAUCUGGUGAAAGCUUUCCACCAAUUGAACGAACACAAACUGGCGGUGGCGUUCUUCGAGUCCUACGACCGUGACCGAAGAGUGUGGCUGCAGGAACAUCAGCUUCGCCAAGCAGCCAAGAACGUGACACAGUUACCACGCGCCGUAUACUCGUGUUAUCUCCGCUCCCUGGCUGCUUUGAAGCAGUCGAAGAAGAUUGUGCGGCUUUUUGAGAACGAUGAGCACCAGCUAGAGAGAAUCUGCAGCACAGUCCCCAACUUGUACUUGCUUCUCCAUGCGUGCUAUAGCGAGAAGAAUGGGGAGCUGGCGCGACAAGCGAUUGACACAAUUGCUCGGUUCUCACCUGCUGCUGUCAUCCCGCUGGGUUGCUACGAGCUCGCCAUUCGAUCCAAUCUACGCGAUCGGAAACGCGACGAGCGAGAAUUGGUAACUGCGAUUCACCUGGCGAAAGCACUGCAAAACGAUGGUGGCUACACGUUAAAGCCUGACAUUUGGAGUGGACUGAUCAAAGUCAGUUUGAAUAUGAAGCGUCCAGACCUCGCACUCGAAGUCUUCAAGAGCUACCCACGUCACUGCAUACCUGAAUAUCAGAUUAAUUUCCGCCAGGCGCUGCGUGCAGCCUGUCGGUUCACGGAUUCUACUGCGCUGGAUAUGGUGCGCUUCUGCUGGGUUAACUACUGCGAGGAAUACUCCAAUUUGAAGACGCUGCUGGAAGAGCGAAAAGCAUACCAAGAUGCCAUUUUUGAGACCGAGUUGCUUAAUAUGGUGCUGUGGGAAAUGCUCAAGCAUCGACACGCUGUGCCAUCGCUCGUGCAAGUGCUUGAUGUCAUGGAAGCCACUCGCUCGAAAGGUGGCGCAGUGGCCUUACGCCGAACUAGCUCUUUAAAAUUCUGGGGCGAGCGUCCUUCAGUGCUGAGCGGUCAGGGCUUUCUGGUGUAUCUAUUGCUGGAGGAAUGUGUAGAACAACAAUGGGAUGACGAGUGCGAGUUCUUGGUGGACUAUUUGUUGGAACUGGGCGUAGCGCGUGUUCCCGUCAACACGAUCGUCAAGAUGAUGGGAAGCAACGAGGUACGCGGACGGUUCGAGGCCAACGUCCGAAUUGGUGAAAAACUUCUUGAAAGUCUUUCGCAAAACAACCGCUUGAAGCUUCGUGACAACUUUUAUGAGCGUUUCUUGAUGAGCUACUUCCGCCUCGAGCAAUUCGACAAAGUGAGUGAGCAGCACGCAAAGCUUAACCUAGAGAAGCGCUAUCCGCACAAUGAGGUGAUUAGGACAAUUGUUCAUGAUGCAGCUGCACAAUAG